GACUCGGCCCGCCCUGCGGCAGCUGGUGGAGCGUCCCGCCCAGCGUGACCCGCCGGGGCGCAGAGAGCAGACCGCCAUGGAGCAGUGCGCGUGUGUGGAGAGGGAGCUGGACAAGGUCCUGCACAAGUUCCUGACCUAUGGGCAGCACUGUGAGCAGAGCCUGGAGGAGCUGCUGCAUUAUGUGGGCCAGCUGCGGGCUGAGCUGGCCAGUGCAGCUCUCCAGGGUACUCCCCUCUCGGCCACCCUCUCCCUGGUGAUGUCUCAGUGCUGCCGAAAGAUCAAAGACACAGUCCAGAAACUGGCUUCAGACCAUAAGGACAUUCACAGCAGCGUGUCUCGAGUGGGCAAAGCCAUUGACAGGAACUUCGACUCUGAGAUUUGCGGCGUGGUCUCGGAUGCGGUGUGGGACUCGCGUGAGAAGCAGCAGCAGCAGAUCCUGCAGAUGGCCAUCGUGGAGCACCUGUACCAGCAGGGCAUGCUCAGCGUGGCUGAGGAGCUGUGCCAGGAAUCAACUCUGAAUGUGGACUUGGAUUUCAAGCAGCCCUUCUUGGAGCUGAAUCGAAUCUUGGAAGCUCUACAUGAACAAGACCUGGGGCCUGCACUGGAGUGGGCCAUCUCCCACAGGCAGCGCCUGCUGGAGCUCAACAGCUCCCUGGAGUUCAAGCUGCACCGGUUACACUUCAUCCGCCUCCUGGCCAGUGGCCCUGAGAAGCAGCUGGAGGCCCUCAGCUAUGCCAGGCACUUCCAGCCUUUUGCUCGGCUGCACCAGAGAGAGAUCCAGGUGAUGAUGGGCAGUCUGGUGUACCUGCGGCUAGGCUUGGAGAAGUCGCCCUACUGCCACCUCCUGGACAACAGCCACUGGGCAGAAAUCUGUGAAACCUUUACACGGGAUGCAUGUUCUCUUCUGGGGCUUUCCGUGGAGUCCCCUCUCAGUGUCAGCUUCGCCUCUGGCUGCGUGGCGCUGCCCGUGCUGACGAACAUCAAAGCUGUGAUUGAGCAGAGGCAGUGCACUGGGGUCUGGAGUCACAAAGAUGAGCUGCCGAUUGAGAUUGAGCUCGGCAUGAAGUGUUGGUACCACUCUGUGUUCGCAUGCCCCAUCCUUCGUCAGCAGACGUCGGACUCCAACCCCCCCAUCAAGCUCAUCUGCGGCCACGUCAUCUCCCGAGACGCACUCAACAAACUCAUCAAUGGAGGAAAGCUCAAGUGUCCCUACUGUCCCAUGGAGCAGAACCCAGCAGAUGGGAAACGCAUUAUAUUCUGAUUCUGUCUUGGAGGGAUGGACUUCAGUGGACCACCCUGCCUUUCAAGCCGGCACUAAUGGGGGUGGGGGAGCCCGGCGGCUCUUGGCCGACUGAGGCAGGUGGUGAAGUGGCCUGUGCUUCCCUGGCUGUACAGACCUGUGGUUGUCUUGACUUUGCAGCAGCUAGCAGAACAGAGCAGAACAUCAUCAGGGUCUUCCCUUCCUUGCCCCAGCUGUCUCCUCCUGCCAUACCAAGGCUAGUGCCCACUCUAGUGCCCAGGCCAGGGAAGUCCAGCUAUGGCCUACAUCCUCCCAACUGUACAGCCUCAACUGUAUGUAUCCAUUCGCCAUUGUAUAUAGUCCAAGUUAUAACUUUGAGCAAAUAUAUUCACAACCCUU